AUGUCGGCAAGCGAUGUAAAACUCUCGACAGAAGCGAAGAGUAAUCCUCGUCUCAUGGAGCUCUCUGUCAAUCAAGUAGAUACUGGUGCGGCUCUCGUGGUAGGUAAAACUGGGCAAUUGAGCCGUUCGGAGGCGACAAGAAUCAGGAGGAAAAUCGACCGUCAUAUCGUUCCACUAAUGUGUUUGCUGUAUGCAAUCCAGUACAUGGAUAAAGCCACGCUGGGGAACGCCGCCGUCCUAGGUCUCCUUGAAGAUACACAUCUAAACGCUGACCAAUAUAACUGGUUUGGCAUUCAAUUCUAUGAUUCGUUUCUUCCGCUUAGUGAGAGCCUCAGGCUUAGUACCAUCUUUUAUCUCGGCUAUCUCGUCUUCGAGUUCCCGCAGAAUCUGUGUCUGCAACGCCUCCCUGUUGGGAAAUGGCUGAGUUUCAAUAUUUUGGUCUGGGCCAUAGCAUUAUGUACGCAUGCAGCGUGCAAGAAUUUCGCCGGUCUCUUUGUCGUCCGAAUGAUCCUGGGUAUGUCCGAGGGUUGUAUCACCACAGGAUUCAUGAUUGUCACGUCCAUGUUCUACACACGAACGGAGCAGACUUUGAGAGUCGGGUACUGGUUCUUGAUGGACGGCACUGCACAAGUAAUCUCCGGAUUCAUUAGCUUCGGUACCUUGCAUAUGAAAACCAAUACAUUGACAGCCUGGCAAUGGCUUAUGAUAAUUUUGGGCAUGCUGACCAUGGUAACUGCGAUCGCUUUCUGGUUCCUGUUUCCAGAUUCCCCUACGAACGCUUGGUUCCUCACCCCGGAAGAACGCUCCUCUGCGGUUCAGCGAUUAAAGGAAAAUCAAACAGGUGUCGAGAACAAACACUUUAAAAAAGAACAGUACGGAAUCCUGGUUUUUUACCCUUGUCCUACUUCUACUCAAGCGCCGAACCCCAGGAUGGUAGAAGCCCUAACUGACAUCAAAACAUGGCUGUUCGCUCUCUUCUCCGUGUUAGCCAACAUCCCGAAUUCACUCGCUAAUCAGCGACAAUUAAUUAUCUUGUCGUUCGGUUUCUCCAAUCUCAACACCACUCUCCUGGGUUGCGUUCCCGGUGUUGUAGCAGUCCUGGCGGUUUGGAGUGGCACGACCAUAGCAGCACGGGUACCAAACAGCCAAGCGUGGGUUGGUGUGGCGUACCUGAUUCCCAAUCUUGUUGCCGUCUUCUUGAUGCUCUUUCUGAGCUGGGACGACAAGGUUGGUUUAUUAGUGACAUUGUUCUUCGCUGGCCUCGGGGUCACCGCUUUCGUUCUUUCCCUUUCUUGGUUGUCGAGCACUACGGCCGGACAUACGAAGAGAAUAACUGUCAAUACGAUUAUGCUGUCCGCAUAUUGCAUCGGUAACGCGGUAGGUCCUCUAAUGUGGAGAGAGAAGUACAAGCCUCGCAAUCGCGUACCUUGGAUAAUCAUCGGAGUUUGCGUCGUUUUUCGGAUUAUGACCCUGCUUGCAAUUCGGUAUCUGCUAUCGGCUGAAAAUCGACGCAGGGAUGCUGAGCCCGUUGACACUGUCUAUGACGACGUGUACAUCGAGCAGUUGAAAGAGGAUGGUGUUAUGGAGAAGGCUCACGUCGAUAAGGAGUUUUUGGAUUUGACAGACAAGCAGAAUCGAGAUUUUAGAUAUGUUCUCUGACGGUUAACAUUCCAGCACUGUUUAUGUGUCAGAUGACUCUGAAUUUAUGGCUUGUGACGGAGGUUAGCGGAAUGAAAAGAAUAAUUUACAGACAGUAGGCGGAUGUAAAGAGCUAGUUCGCUUCUGGAAUUGUGAAAAUCCUGCAUGCCUUUCAUCGUUCGAGGGGCAAGGCAAUAAAACAAAGGCCGGAAUAAAACGAGCUUGGAAGCUAUGGUAUAGGGACCAGCAGCAAGGUGGGCUCGCCAAUAAUAGCCCGAUCAACAUUUUCUCUCCUCACGGUCCUCUGAGUUCAUUGUAGGCUUGAUGGUACAUCACCAUCGGGAGCAUUUGCCAAAUGAGAGCGAG